CCUUCCCCGCUAGGGGGAGCGAGCUCGGAGCCCCGCCCGGGGCGUGGGGUUGGGCCUCCAGGUGGCAGCCGGGCGGAACUGGUAGGGAGAGCGAGGGAGGGGCCGGGGCCAGGUAGAGCUGCCCUGCGGCGGGGCGAGGAGGGCCGAGAUGAGGUGCUGCCGCCUCUGCAGAUUCGACGCGGCCCGCGGCCCCCGGCGGCUAAUGCGCGUGGGCCUGGCGCUGAUCCUGGUGGGCCACGUGAACCUGCUCCUGGGGGCCGUGCUGCACGGCACCGUCCUGCGACACGUGGCCAAUCCCCGCGGCGCCGUCACCCCGGAGUACACCACGGCCAAUGUCAUCUCCGUGGGCUCGGGGCUGCUGAGUGUUUCCGUGGGACUUGUGGCCCUCUUGGCAUCCAGGAACCUUCUGCGCCCAAGACUGCACUGGGCUCUCCUGGCACUAGCUCUGGUGAACCUCCUCUUGUCUGCUGCCUGCUCCCUGGGCAUCCUCCUUGCUGUGUCACUCACUGUGGCCAACGGUGGCCGCCGUCUUAUUGCUGACUGCCAUCCAGGGCUGCUGGAUCCUUUGCUACCGAUGGACAAGGGGUCUGGACGCACUGACUGCCCGUUUGACCCUACAAGAAUCUAUGAUACAGCCUUGGCUCUCUGGAUCCCUUCUUUGGUCAUGUCUGCAGGAGAGGCUGCUCUAUCUGGUUACUGCUGUGUGGCUGCACUCACCUUACGUGGGGUUGGGCCCUGCAGGAAGGAAGGGCUUCAGGAGCAGCUGGAGCAACUGACAGAGCUUGAACUUCCUAAGUGUAAAAGACAGGAAAAUGAACAGCUACUGGAUCAAAAUCAAGAAAUCCAGGCAUCACAGAAAAGCUGGGCUUAGGACAGAACAGGUGCUGAUCCAGAGGUUCAGUACACAAGGUUUUCCACCUCCCCAGGAUGACAUAAACAGUUAUAAUAAAAUAACUCUUUUCUUCUA